AUGAGCGGCGGGCGUAGCGGGCGAUCCGCCGUGAAGAUGGAGGCGCCGUUUUACCCCGAGGAAGGACUGGAGCUGCUUCCCGACUUCGUGCCGCUGCCGGGUUUCGGUACCGCCGGCGGACCUGGAGCCGAAGCGGCGGCGGGGCAGAAGCUGCUGCUGGGCGCCGGGAAGAAGCGGGACCUGCCGGCUGCCGCCCCCGCGCCGCUCCCCGGGCCCUUCGCCCUUCGCCCGCCCGCCGGCGCCCGCGGAAGCGCGGCCGCUCUGCGCUUGCUGCCGCCGCCACCCGCCGCCGCCCCGCCGCCCACCGCGGGCUCCGCGGAGACGGCCAGCGGCGGCGGGGCGGCGGGGGCCCGCGGCGGCCCGGAGGCCGCGCUGGGGUCGGCUGCGGAGCUGCCGCUGCUGAAGCUGCCGCCGGCCGCCGACCUGGAGCAGCUGCUGAUCCAGGGUGGCGCGGGGCUGGGCGCCGGCAGCCCGGGGCCGACGGCACCCGGGGCGGGGAGCGGCGGGGCGGUGGCGGCGGGGCCGUUUCUCUACCGGCAGCCGGUGACGCAGGAACAGGAGGGUUUCGCCGACGGCUUCGUCAAGGCCCUGGCCGACCUGCACAAGCAGAACCAGCUCCUGGCGGCGCCGCCGCCGCUCUCCGCGCCGGGACCCUGCUGCACCGCCCGCCCGGGGCCACCGGGAGCCCCCGCCGCUGCCGCCGCCGACCCUCCGGCCGUCUACACCAACUUGAGCGGCUUCAACCCCGCGGGGCCGCUGAGCCCCUCGGGCAGCGCCUACCCCUCCGCCUCCGCCCCGCCGCCGCCGCCGGGCCUGGCCUUCGGAGCGGCGGGUCUGGGAAGCGGCCGGCUGCCGCCGGCGCGGUCCCUGGAGGAGCCGCAGACCGUGCCCGAGGUGCCGCCGUCGGCGGGCGGGGAGGGCGGCAGCAGCGCGCCGACGCCGCCGUCGCUGUCGCCGCUGGACGCGGAGAGCCAGGAGCGGCUGAAGGCAGAGCGCAAGCGGCUGCGAAACCGCAUCGCCGCCUCCAAGUGCCGCCGGCGGAAGCUGGAGCGCAUCGCCCGGUUGGAGGAGAAGGUGAAGGCGCUCAAGGGGCAGAACGCCGAGCUGGCCGCCACCGCCAACCUCCUCCGCGCCCAGGUCACCCAGCUGCAGGGUCGCGUCCGCAGCCACCUCUCCUCCGGCUGCCACAUCAACGCCGCCGGGCAUCCUCCUCCUCCUCACGCAGCCGCCCAGCCGCGGGAGGCUCCCCCCGAGGCGGCCGCCGCCGCGCCCGAGACCAGCGCCUGCUAAGGAGGGACACCCCGCCGGCUCCGGCCCCGGCCCCGGCCCGCCCGAGGGCACCGCGGGCCAAGGUGCGCGCCUGCCGCCGCCAUUCUGCUUUUAUCAUUAUUUUUAUUAUUAAUAAUUAUUAUUAUUAAUGUUAUUUAUUUGCGCCCGGAGAAGGCGUGGGGGUUUUUUUUGGUUUGUUUUUUUUUUUUUUUUUGUUUUUUUUGUUUUUUUUGUUUUUUUUUUUUUUUUUGCGGGAGCCGGGUGUUGCUAAGCGUUUCCCGAGUUCUGUCGAUGUCGCAUUCAGCAGCGAGGGUCUCCGUGGGUGGUUCUGGGGCCGGUGGUUGUUAAUUUUUCAGUGAAGUACUUGAGGUCUGUAGAGAUUUCCGAAAAUAAGAAAAUUACUGUUUACAGAAAGAUUCAACUUUAUUUUCAUGGGGGAUAUAAAACGUGUGUUUCCUAAUACACCUUACUGAACUGUAUAGCAAUGGAUAAGCUUUUCAAACUUAAAGAAAAAUAGCCAGAAUCGUUUUUGAAAAGA